AUGGCGGGAGCAGAAAUGGACAAUAGCAAGUAUUUUGUAAGAGAAAUCGAAAAGAAUAACGGAUGCGUCUUAAGAAUGAAACAGUGCUACAUAGGGGACGUUGGUUGUGUCGUCUGGGAUGCAGCCAUUGUUCUUGCUAAAUAUUUGGAGACUGAAACGUUUUAUGACCCGUCGAUAGGAGUUAACGUGUGGUGCGGCAGGACUGUGGUGGAAUUAGGUGCGGGGACAGGAGUAGUUGGUCUGAUGGCAGCAACACUCGGUGCUCAUGUCAUAGUAACAGAUCUGGAAGAUUUGCAGUCCCUCCUGAAUGUGAAUAUUCAGGAAAACCAGACACUCAUUCAGAGUGGGUCCAUAUCUGCCAAGGUACUAAAAUGGGGUGAGGAUGUGUCUGAGCUAUUGCCUCCUCCACAUUACAUUGUCAUGGCAGAUUGCAUAUAUUAUGAACAGACAUGGUUCAAUCCUACACAGUCUAUAGGUCCGCUGGUGGAGACCUUGAAGCAGCUAUCUGGACCAGAGACCUCCAUUAUCUGCUGCUAUGAGCAACGCACUGAGGGCGUUAAUCCAGAAGUGGAAAAUAAGUUUUUUGAGUUGCUGCAACGAAAUUUCAUCUAUGAAACAAUCCCUGCUGACAAACAGGACCCAGAGUUUAGCAGUCCCGACAUCCAUAUUCUGCAUAUUCGAAGAAAAGACUGAUUUUAUAGCAUGAAAUUUGUUUUUCUAGUAAGAUUUAUAUCAUUGUGAGAAAGAUUUCUGACUGUGGCAUUUAAAAAACUUAAAUAACCAUUUGUAUUUUUUAAAAAUGGUUUAUAUUUCAAAACAGGAAGUUUUUAGGGUAUAAAAAUAAAAUACUCUGG